AUGUUUGAUAUAUUGAAUAAUAGAGAUGAAUAUGAGGUAGUUACCCUUUAUGAUAUUCAUCGCAGUCAACGUUUAAUUCAUUCCCACUUGUAUGAAGCUCUCAUGUCUGGUGAUAUCAGUUUUGACAUGUAUGAAUUUUGUGUAGUACAGGAACCCAGAAUUGGGGUUAUAUUUGGCAUACCUAAAACUCACAAAUGUUUAAACAAUCGUCCUUUUAGACCUAUUGUUUCCUCCCCACAUUCUGCCACUGAAGGUGUUUCUUUGGUCAUUUAUGCCGUUUUAGGACCUAUGAUAGUUAAUGAAGCUUCUUACACUAGUGAUUCAUGGCAUUUUUUAAGAAAACUUAAUGUUUAUGGUCAGAUGGGUAUUUUUGAUCCUGAGAAGCACAUUAUAUUUACUAUUGAUGACAAGCUGACAGAAGACUCAUCCCUUUUGGAGUCAAGACUAAAAGAUAUCAAAGGACUUCAGAAUGAGCAGGAGCAAAAUAUAUUAGAAAUGCAGACUAAAACUUUAAGUUUGGAACAACACAUCACAUCUGAAUUUGCCAAACUGCACCAACUGCUCCAGGACAAGGAACAGAAUCUGAUCCAACAGCUUAAAGAGGAAGCAGCAGGAAUUCUUGGAAAGAUGGAGGAAAACCUUAGCGAUAUAAAAUGCAGAUGCAGCAUCAUUCAGGAUCAACUGUCAGAUAUUCAAUUAAAAAUGCAACUGGAUGAUCCUCUGAAUUUUCUAAUGGUAUUCAGAGAUACAAAGGAAAUAUACAUAAAACCCCAAACUGAAGAUGUUUUACCAGACAUUGUAUUCGCUAAUUGUGAUGUGAGUCGAGAAAUGUACAACUACUUUCUGCAUCACGGUGACUGGAAUGAAUGGAAAUCUAUCAUGAGAACUGUUCCAGCAUCUUUGACUCUGAACCCUGACACAGCACACUGUAGUCUCGUACUCUCUGAAGACCUGACCAUGGUAAGAUGGAAUUAUACUCAGCAGCAACUCUCUGACAACCCUGAGAGAUUUGAGAUUUAUGCAUGUGUGCUUGGAAGAGAAGGAUUCACUUCAGGCAGACACUACUGGGAGGUUGUGGUAAACAACAUGAAGGGCUGGAAUGUGGGUGUCACCAAGGAGUCCAGUUACAGGAAGGGAAAAUUUUCAGCAUCCCAAGAGAAUGGAUAUUGGACACUGUCACUGACGAAUGGUAAUAAGUUCCAAGUUAAUUCUUCACCACUUGUGGAUCUCAGUCUGACUUUGAAACCUGAGAGGAUUGGAAUCUACCUGGAUGUUGAAGGAGGAGAGGUGUCGUUUUAUAAUGCUAGCAAUAUGUCCCAGCUCUACACCAUCACUGACACUUUCACUGAAAGACUCCACCCUUACUUCUAUGUCGGAGGUAACUUAGAUGAGCAGCUAACAUUGUUUCACCUGAAAAUGUAAUUUGUAAAAAAAACUAAACUAUUUUCAAUUUUCAUUUGUCUUGCUUGUGCAUUAGUUUAUAGUUAGCCUUUGCUAUUUAUCUAGUCAUAAUUAUGCUCUUAUUUAUUAUUAUUUUUUGUGUAUAUAUGCUUAUAUAUAAAUAUAGCUUUACAUAAUAUGUGGAUAUACUUACAUGUAUGUACUUUUUAGAUUUCCACAAAUUUUUGUAUAAUAUGUUUAUAAUUAGUGUUAUAUGUGGAAGGGAUUUUGCUUUUAACAUACAGCUUAGGUAUUUACUACGUUCUUAGUAUUACUUUAAAUGCAUUAACUGGUAGUGAGUUCCGAUUGGGUCACAUGCAUAUAGAAGUUACAUAUAUAGUCAUUUGUUUUUAAGGUGAAUGUAUUAAUGAUCUGAUGAUGCUUUUUAAGUGAAAGAGCUUAUCUAUGUCUGGAAACCUGUGAAUAAACUACGUUUUUAUCGAGA